UAAUUUAAGCUCCUCAUCUAAACUCAAUCGUAGCAAGAAAAAAACACAAUGGAAAUAUUGUAUCUUCUCUUCAUAACCAUUUCAACUACUUUAAUUUCCUUUGCUCUCUCUAUCCUCAUCCCUCUCCGCGUUCUGCUCACACGCCUCCUCCGCUUUUCCGAUUCUAAUUCCGUCGACCAUGUCUCUUUCUAUCAAGGUGUACUUUGGCACGGGCGUCGUCAUCCCGUCCGACACUCUUUUCGCUACUUUGUUCGUUACGCUCUUUUUGACCUCGACAAAUCUCCCAAUCCUCCGCCUGACCACCUCUCCGCUGACGAGGCUCGUCGUAUAGCACAAACCGCCGGACCAGUUUUUUUGUUGACAAUACCACCCAGUGUUGGAUAUCAAGAAAAUCCUUUAAGUGUGUAUUAUUGCUAUGACCUUGAGGAUAAUUUGGUCAACUGCAUUGCUGAGGUGACAAAUACGCCCUGGGGUGAAAGGGUGACAUUUGCUUUUAAUCCAAACUUAGAUUUGGUGCCCAAAACAUUUCAUGUCAGCCCUUAUAUGGAUAUGCUAGGGAAAUGGCGCAUGAGUACAAAAGCACCGGGGGAGAAUUUAUUUCUGAAAGUUUCAGUUGAACACCCAGAGUUUGGUAACUAUUUUGUAGCUACAUUGAAAGCUAAAAAAAUCCCAUCCUCCAUGGUCUCCGAUCAAGCUUAUUUCUUCUGGUUAAUGCCUCACAAAGUUGCAAUAUGGAUUUAUUGGAAUGCUGUUCAAUUAUGGUGGAAAAAUGUGGAAUUUAAGCAGCAUCCAAAGUAUAGUGACCCUAAUUACAUGGAGACUGUACUACAAAAUCAAAAGCCUCGAUGCUGUUAUGCAACAGACAAGGAUUUUGCUGACAGGAAUUGUGAAAAACAUCAGUUCAAGUUUAGAGCUGCUCAAUGGCCUUUGUGAUGAAUUAAUAAAUAAAUAAGUCGGACUCUAAUUAUAAUUUUAUUAUAUGUAAUAUAUUCCCGCAACCAUAAAUAAAUAAAUAUUCUCUUUAUAUCAAA